GCGACAAACCCCCUGAAUAAGGACCUGGACUGGGAUGGUAUCAAUGCUUUCUGUGAGCAGCUCAAUAAAGAGCUAGAGGGUCCUCCACUCGCUACUCGGCUUCUUGCCCACAAGAUCCAGUCUCCACAGGAAUGGGAAGCUAUUCAAGCCCUCACGGUGCUGGAGACCUGCAUGAAGAGCUGCGGCAAACGCUUCCACGACGAGGUGGGCAAGUUCCGUUUCCUCAAUGAGCUCAUCAAAGUGGUGUCGCCCAAGUAUCUUGGCAGCCGGACACCAGAAAAAGUGAAGUCGAAGAUCCUGGAGCUGAUGUACAGCUGGACAUUAGGGCUGCCUCACGAGGUGAAGAUCUCAGAAGCGUACCAGAUGCUGAAGAAACAAGGAAUUGUGAAGUGCGACCCAAAACUACCUGAUGACGCUCCUCUUCCGCCACCUCCUCCUCGGCCCAAGAACAUCAUCUUUGAUGACGAAGAGAAAUCUAAGAUACUGGCUCGUCUCCUGAAAAGUUCCCAUCCUGAGGACCUCCGGGCUGCCAACAAGCUCAUCAAGGAGAUGGUUCAGGAGGACCAGAAGCGCAUGGAGAAGAUCUCCAAGAGGGUGAAUGCCAUUGAAGAGGUGAACAACAAUGUGAGACUGCUGACAGAGAUGGUGACAAACUACAGCAAGGGAGAGACAACAGAAAGCAACGAGGACCUAAUGAAGGAGCUGUAUCAGCGCUGCGAGCGCAUGAGGCCCAUGCUUUUCCGGCUCGCCAGCGACACAGAAGACAAUGAUGAAGCUCUGGCGGAGAUCCUGCAAGCCAAUGACAAUCUGACACAGGUGAUCAAUCUCUAUAAGCAGCUUGUACGGGGAGAAGAGAUCAAUGGGGAGACAGUGGCUGGUCCCCUUCGAGGGAGCACCUCAGCACUUCUGGAUCUGUCAGGCCUGGAUCUUCCAGCAACAGGCCCUUCCUACCCAGCCUUGCCCACCCUUUCAGGUGGCUCAGCAGUGCCCGUGCCUGACCAAGCUGGCUCUGUCUCCUUGCUGGAUGAUGAACUGAUGUCUUUAGGCUUGAAUGACCCAGCACCACAUCCUGCCCAGGCUGGGGACAGCAGUGGCUGGGGAAGUUUACAGUCAUCGGACAGCAAUGAGCUCAGUAUCGCCCCUCUCACGGCAACGCCACCAGUCAAAGCAGAUGCUGGCACAUCCUCCCCCAAACCUUCUCCUUUCACCAGUGGCCUGGAUUACCUGGACCUCCUAGGCAAGACUCUGCUGCAACAGUCUUUGCCUCCAGAAUCUCAACAAGUGCGAUGGGAGAAGCAGCAGCCACCCCCUCGGCUCACCCUGAGGGAUCUUCAGAACAGGAGCGGCUCUGGCACCACGGCCCACAAUCCCAGUGCUCUGCCCGUGCUUCAGACAGGAAGUCCUGCAGUCCCACCACGGCCUCCGGCCACUGGCCUGCCCCAGGAGAUCUCGCUGGCCAACAUCACUGUGCCUCUGGAGUCAAUCAAACCCAGCAGCAUCCUUCCUGUGACGGUAUACGAUCAGCACGGCUUCCGUGUCCUCUUCCACUUUGCUAAGGAUGCCCUACCUGAGAGGCCUGACGUGCUCGUAGUGGUGAUCUCUAUGCUUAGCACGGCCCCACAGCCCAUCCGCAAUAUUGUCUUUCAGUCUGCUGUCCCCAAGGUGAUGAAGGUGAAGCUACAGCCUCCCUCAGGCACAGAGCUGCCGGCAUUCAACCCCAUUGUCCACCCCAGUGCCAUCACACAAGUUCUGCUGCUCGCUAACCCACAGAAGGAGAAAGUGAGGCUACGGUACAAGCUGACCUUCACCAUGGGAGAGCAAACCUACAAUGAAAUGGGGGACGUGGAUCAGUUCCCUCCACCAGAGUCCUGGGGAAACCUUUAG